AUGGAUGGUGUGGAACUGAGUAUAUACGGCAUACUCGCAAACGUCCUACAUGGUAACAAAGAAGGGAGAAGGAGAAUUUGGAAUUGCAACUUAACAUGGACUGGCCUGAAAUGA